UCCCAACUGGCACGCACGCGAGCACCUGUUUACCGUUUCUCCAAUGUCAAUGUUUAUUACGGUUAUGUGUAUCAUUCGUCUGUAACUCACUUUCCAUCACGAGGAUCAAAAUAACUACAUCUUGGACGAAUAGAUCUGUAUAUUAAGCGCAUAUAUCACAACCGAUGUUUCAUUAAAAGAGAGGACAGAGUAUAUUCAGUGCAUUUUCAAUGUUUCCAACAAGAUCUCCUGUGUCAGAUGUCCAGAACUAUGUCGGCAACUAAUGUCUUUCAGAGGCUGAGAAAUGCUUCGAGACGUCGUUUCAUCAGACUUGGUGCUCCGUUUCUGCUACUCAUCGUUGGCGGAUCAUUUGGGUUGGAAAAGUUCACAGUGAUUAGAUAUCAAUUCCGAAAGGGGAAAAAGCUAACAGAAGAGGAAGCUGCAAAACAUGGUUUAAAUUUGAAGGAAACAAAAGGCACAGAAGCCAUUGAAAAAGCUUAUGAGAAACUGCAGAGGGAUGACUUGGACAACUGGCAGAAUGUCCGUGGUCCACGUCCAUGGGAAGAUUCCAAGACAGUUCAAGAUCUUCAAAGACAGAACAAAGUUAACUAAUUCAAGGGGACAUAACUGACAUUGUGAAGUGAUUUGAAACGAAUGGUGUGUGAUGUAAUUUUGUUAUAGGUCAUGUAACUACCAAGAAAUCAAUAAAGGAGAUUCCUUUGUGUGUGUAUAUUGCUCAUA